GGAGAAGCAAACAAAAGGCCACAGAAUUCUUUCAGAAAGAAUCAUUUCCUUCAACUUCGUCACUGAAAAGCAGAAGACGAAGGGCUAAAGAGAAGAAGAAGAGAAGCAGAGGAGAAUUUUACUUCAAUUCUCACGGCAGACUCUCUGAUGCAGUCAUGGCCCUCCGUUCUCCUUGAUCAUCUUUGGUAAUUUUUUCAGUUUUUCUUGGGUCUUGUCACUAUGGCAGAUAGCCUGCCUCCGCCAUUCCCAGUUCCAUCUCCACCGCCAUCGGCGUCUCCCACCACCCAAUUCCACCCCUCUCCCCACCACGGUGCCCCGCCCCCAUCUCGCCUCCUUACUCCGGUAGCUGGCGUUCUCGCCGGCUUCUCUUUCCUCCUCUGCCUGGUUGUUUUCUUCAGGAAACUCUGGCGGAAACGCACCGUUCCCGCCGAUGCCAAGCCGCCGUACCGCUACUCCUACUCUGUCCUUCGCCAUGCUACGUCGUCGUUCUCAGCCGCCAACCGCCUCGGCCAGGGAGGGUUCGGCUCCGUCUAUCGUGGCACCCUCAAGUCAGGGAAAGAAAUCGCCGUCAAGGUAAUGGACUCCGGCUCUCUCCAAGGAGAGCGAGAGUUCCAGAACGAGCUCUUCUUCGGUGGCAGGAUCGACUCAAAUUACAUUGUGCCGGUCAUCGGCUUCUCCUCUGACCGGCGGCGUCAGAGAAUGAUUCUCGUCUAUGAGUUGAUGAGUAACGGAAACUUGCAAGAUGCUUUGCUGGAUCGCAAGUGCUCGGAGCUGAUGGACUGGAAGAAAAGGUUUGAAAUUGCUAUGGAUGUCGCCAAAGGAAUUGAAUAUCUUCACAGCUUGGACCCGCCCGCGAUUCACGGCGAUAUUAAGCCUAGUAACAUACUAUUAGAUCGGUGCUUCUCGGCGAAAAUCGGCGAUUUUGGUCUGGCAAAGUCGAAAUCGGAGGAUCAGGUGGUGGUGGUGGUGGUGGAUGAUGCAAUAAAGAUGAACGGCAGAGAGGAGGCGAAGAAGAAGGAAUUAGUGAGCUGUGGUGGAGGUGCAGUGGAUGAUAAUGCGUCGGUGGUGGAGGAUACAGAGAGCGUGGCAACGGGGUUCGAGGAGAUGAGUGUGAAUGUGGAGCAGUCGCCAGAGAGCUUCGCCGUGGAUGCAGUGGCAUCGUCUCCGGGAUCAGAGACUUUUGAUAGGGUUAGUGUUGAGAGUGUCGGGGGAAAGAGGAAGAAGAACAUGAUCGGGAAGGAUGGGUGGCCGCGGCAGGAUAAUGGGGCGACGGAAGUGGGUUCUGUAAAGGACUAUGUGAGAGAAUGGAUGGGAAUGGAGCUAAGAAAGGAAAGUCCCAAUGACCACUGGAUUGGGGCAUCUUCUAGUGGUGCUAAUUUGGACAAGUUAGAGAAAAAGAAGGAAAAGAGUUGGAAGAAGGAGAAGAGGAGGCCGGCCAGGGAGUGGUGGAAGGAGGAAUUUUGUGAGGAGCUUGCUAGGAAAAAGAAGAAGAAGAUGAAGCGCCAAAAGGGGAGGGAUAAGGACUUUGGGGGAGAAAAUUGGUGGCCGACAGAUGAUGAUAUGCAUGUAGAUAGGAAGAAGAAGAGUAAGAGGAGCAGCAGAGGUGGGAGUAAGGGUAGUGUGGAUUGGUGGUUGGAUGGGCUGAGUGGUGAGCUUUGGAGAGCUCGGCGCAACAGCCAUGAUUCGGCCAGUGGGGAAAUUCCAAAGAGUGGUGGUAUAAGCAGCACGCCGAGCAUGAGGGGAACGAUGUGUUAUGUUGCUCCUGAGUAUGGUGGUGGUGGAGACGUGUCGGAGAAGUGUGAUGUGUAUAGCUUUGGGGUUCUGCUGCUGGUUGUCAUUGCUGGCCGACGGCCACUUCAGGUGACCGCCUCACCCAUGGCGGAAUUUCAAAGGGCAAAUCUUAUAUCUUGGGCUCGGAACCUUGCCCGUGCUGGGAAGCUUAUUAAUCUGGUUGAUCAAUCUAUUCAGUCUUUGGACCGAGAACAAGCUCUCUUAUGCAUCAUGGUUGCCCUCAUCUGCCUCCAGAAAUCACCUGCCCGGCGUCCUUCCAUGAAAGAAGUUGUGGGCAUGCUUUCAGGUGAUUCAGAGCCUCCCAAGCUACCAUUUGAAUUUUCCCCUUCACCUCCCUCCCGCUUUCCCUUCAAGUCCCAAAAGAAAGUUCGGUGAGUUCCUAAUGUUUGGUAUAGAUUUUCAUGAACAGUAUUAUACUGCAGUAGAGCAUUAUUUUAUCAUCUUUGUGGAUGAUCAGUGUAAAUAAAAGAAUUUUUUACGUUUGAUGAAUGCGGGCCUUUUCCCUUUC